AUGCCGUCUCGUCGUAUGCUGCACACUAUGAUUCGCGUCGGCGACCUCGACCGCUCCAUCAAAUUCUACACGGAACGUCUGGGGAUGAAGGUGCUACGGAAGUGGGAUGUUCCGCAGGACAAGUACACCCUCGUCUUUCUUGGGUACGGCCCCGAGAUGAGCUCGACGGUUCUGGAGCUGACGUACAACUACGGUGUCACAUCCUACAAGCACGACGAAGCGUACGGGCAUAUUGCCAUUGGGGUGGAGGACGUGAAGGAGCUGGUGACGGACAUGCGCAAGCAUAACGUGCCGAUCGACUACGAAGACGAGAGCGGCUUCAUGGCGUUUGUGGUCGACCCGGACGGGUAUUACAUUGAGCUGCUCAACGAGAAGAUGAUGAUGGAGAAGGCGGAGGCGGAUAUGAAGGAGCAGGGCACUGCAUAG